ACCAGGGGCAGCCGGAUUUCCGGUUCCCGGGGCUAUGGGGCGGAAGCGAAGGGAGACGCAAUCUCCGUCUUCGACGUUAGUCGUCGUCUUCGCUGCUAACGUUCUGUUAUGAGUUGCUAAAAUCAUGGUGAAAUGUUGCUCAGCCAUUGGAUGUGCUUCUCGCUGUUUGCCAAAUUCCAAGUUAAAAGGACUGACAUUUCAUGUAUUCCCCACAGAUGAAAAYGUCAAAAGAAAAUGGGUUUUAGCAAUGAAAAGACUUGAUGUGAAUGCUGCAGGCAUUUGGGAGCCUAAAAAAGGAGAUGUAUUAUGUUCAAGACACUUUAAGAAGACAGAUUUUGACAGAAGUGCUCCAAAUAUUAAACUAAAACCUGGARUCAUCCCUUCUAUCUUUGAUUCCCCAUAUCACUUACAGGAGAAAAGAGAAAAGAUUCAUUGUAGAAAAAACUUCACCCUCAAAACCCUUCCAGUCACAAACCACAGUCACCAGCUUGUUGGUGCUUCCUCAUGUAUUGAAGAAUUCCAAUCCCAGUUCAUUUUUGAACAUAGCUACAGUGUAAUGGACAGUCCAAAGAAACUUAAGCAUAAAUUAGAUCAUGUGAUCAGCGAGCUUGAGGAUACCAAGGAAAGUCUACGGAAUGUUUUAGACCGAGAAAAACAUUUUCAAAAAUCAUUGAGGAAGACAAUCAGGGAAUUACAGGAUGAAUGUCUGAUCAGCCAAGAAACAGCAAAUAGACUGAAUGCUUUCUGUUGGGAGUGUUGUCAGGAGAGCAUAGAAUGAUACUAUAUUUCAUGAAAUAAUUUCAUGUUCUACCUAAAAUUGACCUUGAUACAACUUUCUAGAAAACAAUUCUCAUGUACCAUCACUAAACAAUAUCUAUCAUUGACAGUACUUAGGAUUCUCUGGAGCAUUAUGCAUUAUAGUUGUUUUCCAAAGACUUUUUUGAAGAUGUGCAGAAAUAUUAUAGUUAUCAUGUUUUUGUGUGACUUCUGACAAUUAUGUUUUUACAAACUUAAAUUAGUGCCAAGUCAGUAUUGUAAGAUGUUAAAAUCUGAAGAAAAUUCUAUAGAAAUAAGAAAAUGACAUCAAAUUAGCUACAUUAAGAUAAAAUAACAGGAACUAGACACUUAUUCAGUGGCAUCAGAUUUUUAGCUUCAGACAAAUACCAUGAAUAGGUUUUAUGAUAAGUACAUUGAAAUUUUAGAAGUAUUUUACUAAAAAGCAGAAUUCAUUUAUAACACACAUCCAUCUUGGAUCUUUUUAUAAGUCUCAUUUUACUGCCUAUACCACUGACCCUGAGAAUAGCACCUGGUAAAGAUUUUCUGUAUUUUAAAAUUAUUAAGAGCCAAUUUAAGAAGACCGUUCAUGAGAUCUGUUUUUCAAUACAGUAUAUCAUUCCUYCUCGUGAGAGAUACUUUGAUGUAAACCAGAGUAGUUUGAAAACCAAAACAAAAGGGUCAUAAAUUUGAUCUUUAGAUGGUUAGUUGCUUUAACAGCUCUCAAAAUUUGCUUCAUGACUUACUUCAUAAAGGUAUAUCUUCAAAAUCUGAAUGCCAGAAUUAGCUGAAUACUUAUAAUGCUGCUUUGUAUUUUAUAGAAGGUACUAUUGCUGAAAUUUUAAAAUAUAGAAUAAAUCAUUAAAAAUAAUAAAUGGGUCCUCCAAUGGAAAUAGGAACUAGAGGAGUGGAUUUUUUGUUCAAAGGCUUUUAUUGAGAAAAACAGGUAUGUAAAAUAGUUUUAGAAUAGAUUCUUACCAAAUAUACAAAAGAAUAACUCUUAGCUAUUUUCUGAAUGAUCCAAGUGUCAGGAAUUUAUCUUCUUUCCUAAUUUCUUACUAAAACAACUGGAAUUAAGAGCUGUAAGUACAGUGAAUUAGGAUAAAAAUAUUGGCCAAAAGUCACACUGUACUUUGAGGCACAUAUAAGUGAGCCUUAAGUUCAUGCUAUAGUAGUGAGCAUUUGAGUAUCAGUUAUUUUGUUGUGUUAAUAAGAAAUGAACUGCAUUUUGUGCUAAUUUGUUCAUGGUAAUUUUAUUUGUGUUACAUUAAUAUCAAUAAGGAUGUGGUCACUUGAGGGUUUUUUUGUAUUUAAGAAUUUCUGUUUUAAUGCAUGUUAUUUUUUAUAUAGGAGUCCAAACUUUCCCUCUAAAUCAGAUUUUACCCACAUUUGAAAGAUAAGCAUAAUGCUUAAGAGGAAAUCACUUAGAUUUCCUCUUUUUCUAUCUAAAAUCUUUCAUUACUUCAUUUAUUUUAAUUUAAUGAGUACUCUAAUGAAAUGUUUGGGUAAAAUYGUAGGUUUUAUGGAAAUACUUUGAUAGAAAUUGAGACUUUUUCUUUACCCUAUUCCUAAACAUAUGAAUUAAAGCAAGUGAGUGGAUAAUGACAAAAAGUAAAAAUCGAAACACAGUAUCUACAAAGUCCAUUACUUUACUGGCUACUUAGAUUAAGGAAGCCUGGAAGACAUUUUCCCUACUUUUUAGUCAGGGCCCUUACCUCCUGCCACUCAGAACAAAUACGUAAACAGUAUGUACCUCAGUUCUCUGUCCCACAGAUUCUAGUCCAGUUCUUCUGGGAAGAACUGUCCUGUAUGUUAUGAAACCACAUCAUCCCCCAUCCAACCAAGGCUGCCCCAAGGGUUCUCAUUGCUUUUUAAAGCUUGUAGUGGCCACUAAAUCCCAGAGCACACCAAUACUACCAGUUCAACUUCAGUACCAAAUCAGAGUGAAGGACUUGAUGUGGUAUUUUUCUUCAUAUCAGGUUAAAUUUCUGAAAAUAGACUUUGGUUGCUAUUUCUGAAAUUUC